AUGGGUAAGUCCAAAAGAUGGAAGGCCAGGUCUCCCUGGGCGGCAACGUGGUUCUGUGCUGAUAGGGCGACAAGGUGGUUAGCGGAUCCUGGUGUGGCUCAUAACACCAACAUUUUCAAGCACAAGUGGCCUCCAUUAAUAGGAGCCAGCGGUAAAAGUAUCACCUUGCCUGCUGGUAAUUACGAGUGGCCUUUUGAAGUUUUGAUGCCAGGGGACACUCCAGAGAGUCUUGAUGGUCUCUCGGAUGCAUCCAUCACUUAUGCGCUCAGAGCCACUAUCAACAGGGGAAAGCUCGUUCGGCAUACUUCCUGCGUCAAGAAGCUUAGGGUCAUCCGUACAUUGGCCCCGACCGCCCUCGAGUUCAUGCACAAUGUGAGUGUUGAGCAGACUUGGACCAACAAGGUAGACUACUCGGUGUCUAUACCAAGUAAAGCUGUCGCAUUCGGCAGCUCUGUGGUUUUGGAAAUACGGAUUACUCCCCUAGUCAAAGGCGUCGAACUGAAAAGAAUCCGAGUCAAUUUGGUGGAAUUCCACGAGUUCAGCAUGCACAGCAGGCACUACAUCUACACGCGAGAACACAAGAGCCAGCGCGAGGUUUCCCAAUGGGAUUUUGAAGUCUCCAGAGAACAGCACUGGCAAGAAGUCAUUGAAGAAACGAACCAAGAAGGUUGGGUCAUCAAACAAACAUUGAAUUUACCCAAAGCUCUGGUCGAAUGUUGCCAGGAUAUUGAUGCUCAAGGAAUCAAGAUUUACCACAAACUCAAGAUACACAUUCCCAUUGGCAACCAGGACGGGCAUGUCUCGCAUCUUGAUAUGGGGAUCCCUAUAAGCAUCUGCAUGUCACCAUUUGUUUCUCUCAACGAACAGGGAAAUGUGGUUGACCAUUCUACCAGCACACUAGCCCAAACAGCCGCGACGGUUAGUCCGCCUUUGUAUGGCGAGCAUGUCCUUGAUCAGCUUUGCGGUACACUCCAAGAUUGGCAUACAGCUGGAAACAAUCUCCUCCCGAUGUCCUCAGAAGCGAGUGAAACUCAAACCACGACCAUACUCUCUUCAAAUGGAGCUAGCGACGAGCAGCAUGGCCAAAUUGGCUCCUCUUCGCGGAGUUCAUCCGAAGCUGCUACCACUGACUCGGACGAGUUUCCGGAGCUUAGUAGAUUGCCAACAUAUCGUACUGCUCUCGGCGCCCCUUUGGUAUGGCACAAUCAGCCUCCUGGCUACCAAGCUGCCGACGAAACGGAGAGUUAA